GUGUGUCAUUGCUCUGUUGAAAUGAAAGCUUAUGAUGGACUUACAAAAUGUGAUAAUUCCUCUACUGUUGUCUUACACCACUGUGUUUACAGUACUGCAUGGACAGAAAGUUGUCACUGAUCUUAAGGUUACUGGGUACCAGGGUCAUGAUGUCACACUGUUGUGCCAAUAUAUCAACGGAAACACAGAAGACAAAAUACUACAAAUGCAGUGGACGUGGCAGAAUGAGUCCAGUAAAUAUGAAAUCAUGGUCUUUAGCAUGGACCAUGGCCUUUCUCUGCAUGACACAUUCCUGAAAGACAGAGUCAGCUUCAGAAAGAGCUCCCCUCCGAUCUAUGAAGCCUCCAUCAUCAUCAAAGAUGUGAAGAUGAGUGAUCAGGGAGUUUACAGCUGUGCCUACACAACCUUCCCUAGCGGCAGUCAUACAGGACAAACCACUCUUACAGUGUUAGAAGAUACAACUCAGAGCCCCAGUGACCUACAGGAUGUCACCUAUUCUGAUGUCACAAUACUGAAACCAGGCAAAGCUAACAGAAGCACCUCGCAAUUAUCAUUCUAA